AUAAUCAUUUAAGUUUUACCACAUAUCUGUCUCCUAUUAUUAUUAUUCUUUAAAUUACAAGCUAAUUUCCAGCCCCUUAUAAAUACGUAAAAUCUGUCGUUGGAGGAAACAAAGUUCUUGUAACUUCUCUUUCGUUCCUCUUGUUCCUCUCAACUCAGAAAAACAAGCACCUUUCUUUGAUCGGCACACAACCCUUCUGUUCAGUCAUGGCUUCCUCUCCUGUAUCAGAUACCAACAAUAAGCAAGAAGUUGGUGGGAGAUUUGUUCCGAAAGAACACGACUCUUUGCAGAGACAUGUAGCAUUUUUCGACAGGAAUCACGAUGGCAUUGUUUAUCCUUGGGAGACCUUUCAAGGUUUUCGUGCAAUUGGGUGUGGCAUCCUCUUGUCCUCUUUCAGUGCUAUCUUCAUCAACUUCGGUCUCAGUCGACAGACGCGCCCGGGGAAGUCGUUUUCUCUGCUGUUUCCGAUUGAAGUUAGAAACAUUCACAAAGCCAAACAUGGCAGUGACUCAGGUGUCUACGACAGUGAAGGAAGGUUCGUUCCCUCAAAAUUUGAAGAGAUUUUCAUCAAGCAUGCACACACUAAUGGCAAUGCUUUGACAUCAGAAGAACUAGAUGGUUUGCUCAAAGCCAACAGGGAACCAAAUGAUCGCAGAGGAUGGUUGGCGGCCUGGACUGAAUGGAAGAUCCUGUAUUUGCUUUGCAAGGACAAGAAUGGUUUACUGCACAAAGACACCAUUAGAGCUGUCUACGAUGGGAGCUUGUUCGAGCGUAUGGAGAAGGAAAGAUCAGAAGCAGCAGCCAAGAAGAAAGAUAUUGCCUGAAAAAAGAAAAAUGGCAUACCGCUGCGAUCAGAUAUUUGGCUCUGCUGAGUGGAUGACUGUGUUGGUGUUGUGUGUGUGUGUAGACGAAUAUGUAAGCCCGUAUAUUAUGGUUUGUACUCUUGUUAUAUGAUGUAAAGUAGUUCUGUAAUCUUGCUAUAUGAUGUAAAUUGGUUCUUCUACGUUC